UAAACAAAAGAUUUUUUAGAUAAUUAAAUUUUUUUCAAUUUGUGAUAAAUUCUUACGACUUUUGAAGAAACAUUAUAAAAGAAAUGUCCUUUGAUUUAUAUCUCGACAUAGCGGGAAGCAACUACAAAGGCAUCAAAUUGUAAACAAAGUGGGUGUCAUUGACCCUGCGAAUGCGAGCAAGCAAAAGUCAGCGUGCAGAAUCAAUGAGGACAAGGAUUUGAUAGUAGGACAUUACUUAUCAAUUGCAUAGCCUUUGUUCUUAGGAAGCGGUCAGAUGUAGGAAGACUACACUGAAGACUAAAAGUAAUACAGAACCAAGAUGAAGAUUCAAAUGGACGGAUUUCACAAAAUUUAUGAUGACCUUGAAAAGGUUAUCGACAAAGAAGAUACAAACAGUUCCAUUACGUCAGACUCUGAUGAUGCGAAAACUGACCUGAAAACAUGUCGUGAGAAAGUUGAAUAUGCUCUCAACACGAGUAAAUUCCAGAUUGUUAUCGUGUGUUUAGUAAUAUUAGACUGUCUAUUUGUAAUAGCAGAACUCUUGAUCGAUAUGGAAAUAAUAACUUUACCAAACCAUCAUGCAAAUGUUGCACCAAUGGUUUUCCACUACUGCAGUUUAGCUGUCUUGUCUUUAUUCAUAAUAGAAAUUAUAAUACGCAUUUACGCAUUAAGACUAAAGUUUUUUAAACACAAACUGGAAAUGUUUGAUGCCGUUAUUGUGAUCGUCUCGUUUGUCCUUGACAUUGUGUUUAGAAAAAACGAGGGUCCAGAAAGUGGACUAGGAUUGUUGGUUGUCCUCAGGUUAUGGAGAGUUACAAGGAUACUUAAUGGCAUAGUACUUACAGUAAAAAAACAAGCAGAAAAGAAAUUACAGAGAGAAAGACGAUUACGGCAGGCCUGUGAACAAGAACUGACGAAAUAUCGUGAAUAUUGCACUGCACAAGAACAGGAAAUAGAACUGUUGCGAGGUUUACUUCGGAAACAUGGGAUAGAAGAUAUAACGAGAAUAGACAGACAGCCGAUUGUUGUACGUACCAUUGAUGUUGUUGCUGAAGUCAACCACCUUGCAUCAGAAAAAACUUCUAGUACCGAUUCUGGUAGUGAAAGGAAUUCUAGUCCACCAGCCAGCAGCUGAAUUUUUUAUUAUGUGUUAUUUUUUUACUUUCUUGAAAUGUUAAAAAUCAUAGUGCUUUAGUAAACAGAUACACAUAUGUCAUGUUUGUACAAUGUUUAAUAUAUACAUACAUCUUGCCAUAAUUGCAUAGAAGUAGAAGUAUCAUUUUUAUACACAUACCAAAUGCAUUUAAAAUAUUUAUGUAUAUUAUUUAAGAUCUACAAUGUGUCAUUGUCAGUGCAUAUGCAGUUAAAACUGGAUGAAUCAAACUAUAUUUAAACUGCAAGCCUGUUUUACUUGUAAAACACAUUGGCAUACAAAAUAUAAUUGCAUUUUUAUUCUGUAUCAGUAAUAAAUUGCUUAUUUAGGAGGUAUCCAACACCUUGACUAUAUGUAAUAUAAACAUUGAAGUGAAUUACAUACAAGAAAGGGUUACAUGCUCUACAAACAAAUCUGUAAUUGUUGCCUUUUAAGGUGGUACCCAACACUUUAACUAAAAUUAAUUUUGCUCGUUUAAUUUUAAUAAAAUUUUGACACAGUAUUUACUUUGACCCUUUGACAAAAAUAUAAAAAUUUCAAAAAAUUUGAACCAACUAUUUUAUCAGAAAAAUUACACUGGUUAUAUAGCAGUUUGACAAACACUUGUUUUGAUCAUUGAGAAGCUUACUAUUUCCUUUCCAACACAACGUAAUUAAAACGUUUAGCUGAUUUUACAGAGUUAUCUCCCUGUAGUGUUAGGUACCACCUUAAUGUAGUUGAGAAAAAGAGACUUAGCUAGGGUUGUUGUGUGUUGUGGCAAGGAUGUCCAUGAUGUUUUAAUUUAUUAUUAUUUGCAUGACCAACUUUUGAUUAAGUUAGGAGUUCAGGCCAAAGGUGAAGUUUAUCUGUAUCCAAACAAAA